UCCAUUUCGGCCCGGGUUGUUGCACUCUUAAACUAGUUUUAGGGCGAAAUUUUAAGUAUAUUUUCACUUAAAGUUAAGUUUGUUUCCAAUACAGGAGCCAAUAAAGCUCCUCUACACUGGACCCAAAAUUGAACAAUUGCAUAAAGAUUGCCUUUGGAAUCGGAAACUAAAGCCAAUGUUGGAAAUUCAUACUUAUUGCCAACGUUACUUAUCCAUCUUUGUUAGUAGGUAGUAUGAUGAACUACAGACACUUAACAGAAACUUUUACGUGAUGUACGGGACACCGCCACUAACCUCUGCAAGUCCCAUGAUGUACACCACACCGCCACUUACCUCUGUGAAUCCCAUGUUAUAUAGAACACCACCACCAGUGAAUCCCAUGUCUAUGUCCGCCCAGGCAGGAUAUGGUCCUCUCUCUCAGAUGUCCUCACCUUACAAUGGACCAAUCCCGGGGGCCUCAUCCCAAGGCGGCUCCACUCAAGGGUCCUCCUACCUCACGGGGCAGUUGCAAUCGUCAGUGCACCCUAUACUCCAGCAGAUUGAUACUAUGAACCAGCUAUAUGCCCCGCCAGCCCCUCCUAGCAUUACACAAGGAAGUCUGCAGAUGAGGGGGCAGCAGCCAGCUGAUCAGGACGAAAUCAAAGACGAUGGUGUACAAGAAAGUGUUAGUGCGGAAGUAUUUUCUGUGUACAAGUAUAGAGAGAUUAUACCUGGUUGUCAACCUCAUCCUGGGGAUAUUGUGGAGGCAGGUCCUCUCGCUUCCCUGUUGCCGCCAGAGCCUGUAUACCCCUUGGCAGACAGCCUCCCUGAAGAGAUGAUCACCUCCUGCAAACUUAGCAGUCUUCAGCUCGAGGGUAUUCUGUAUGCUUGCCAGAGACACCAGACUCUGUUACCUAAUGGUCAGCGUGCAGGAUUCUUCAUUGGGGAUGCUGCUGGUGUUGGCAAAGGUAGACAGAUAGCAGGCAUCAUCCUCGACAACUAUGCCAGAAAGAGGACCAAACAUAUCUGGUUUACAAUAUCGUCGGACCUUAUCGUCGACUCCAGGAGAGACCUUACAGACAUUGGAUGUUACGUGAAAGUGAUUGACGGCUGUCAGGAACUCGACCGGCAAACCAGAGUUUUGGGUUUGCCUGCAGACUUCAAGGAGGGGAUAGUGUUCAGUACCUACGCCACACUGGUAUCAUCUGUUUCUAGAGGAAGUGCAGUCAGUGUCAGUAAGACUAGCCGACUACAACAGUUGGUUGACUGGUGUGGGGGGCCCGAGUUCCAAGGCUGUCUCGUGUUUGAUGAAUGUCACAAAGCAAAGAAUUUUGUUCCGGGCAAAGAGCAGGCCAGUACCAAAGUAGCAAUGGCUGUUACGUCAAUACAGAGGAUGUUACCUAAAGCUCGUGUUGUUUACUGCAGUGCGACUGGAGUUACUGAUGUCAAAAACAUGGCCUUUAUGGAGAGACUGGGUCUAUGGGGAGAGGGGGCACCUUUCAAAUCAUUUGAGCAGUUUCUCGACCUUGUACAGAAGAAGGGGCUUGGUAUGGCGGAGAUCCUUGCUAUGGAGAUGAAGACUUCAGGAAUGUACAUCUCCCGUGGUCUCAGCUACAAACAGGCCGAGUUCAUGACAGUAGAAGCACCACUGACAAAGGAUCAGAGAAAGAUGUACGAUACCGCUGCCCAUGUUUGGAAUGAGCUGCGCAAGGCAUUGGAAAGUGCGAUAACCAGAACAGGAUUUUCCGGCGGACGGAUGUGGGCUCAGUUCUGGGCAUCUCAUCAGAGAUUCUUCAAACAACUCUGUAUAGGUAUGAAGCUACCAUCUGUGAUAAAGGAGGCAAAGGAGGCACUUGAAGCUGGCUACUGUGCAGUCAUUGGUCUGCAAACAACAGGAGAGGCCUCUUUAGAAGCAGAAAUAGGGAAGAACAAAGGGGAGAUAACUGGCUUUGUUUCCCUGUGUCGAGAGAUUUUGUUGCGAUUCAUCACACAGUUUUUUCCCACCAUGAUUGAGAGUCAGAACCCAGAAGAUAGCGUGCCAGACAGCUGGAGUGUUCAAGCUAAGACGAUGCUCCUAGACUUCGCUCGCAAAAUCUCAUUGCCAAACAGUCCCCUGGAUGAAAUGAUUGACCAGCUUGGUGGGACUGGAGCUGUGGCCGAGUUGACUGGGAGGCGUGGCAGAAUUGUCCGUAGGUCAGAAAAAGACCAGCCUCACUAUGAACUACGUGCUGUGGAUAUUGACAACUAUGGAGGAGUCGAGAGUCUCAAUGUCACAGAGAGGAACAUGUUCAUGGCAGGAAAGAAGCUGGUUGCAAUAAUCUCUGAUGCAGCAAGCACAGGUAUAUCUCUCCAUGCUGAUACCAGGGCAGGGAACCAGAGACGGCGUGUCCACCUUACUAUGGAACUCGCCUGGAGUGCCGACAAGGCUGUACAACAGUUAGGCAGAUCUCACAGGUCAAACCAGUCGAGUGGUCCCCUGUAUAAACUGCUGACGACUGACCUUGGAGGAGAGAGGAGGUUCGCAGCAGCUGUAGCUCGCAGACUCCAGUCCAUGGGUGCGCUGACCAAGGGAGAUAGGCGAGCAGCCACUGGAGCUAAUCUUGACCAGUUCAACUUUGAAACACCAUAUGGCCGCAACGCCCUCCGCACGAUGUACCACAACAUCUGCCAGAGGAAACUGGUGCCUGGUUUGAAGCUGACGGAUAUAUCCAAAGUCCACAAGACUUUCGAGGAGUUCAAUGUGUCAAUGCAGGAGUGUUUGGUUCUCAUGGGACUGAUCGAGAUAGAGUCAGUGAGGAUUGGAGCGCCUCCCAAGGAGAAAGACAUGGGGGAUGUCUCAAAGUUUCUUAAUAGGAUACUGGGGCUGAGUGUAACAAAGCAAAAUGUGAUAUUCAACUACUUCAUAGAGUGUAUGAAGAUGAUCAUACAAAAUGCCAAGACAGAGGGGAGGUAUAACGAGGGGAUGCUGGACAUCACUGCUUCGUCUGUGGAGAUGGUCAACAAACCAAAGGAGCUGUUUAAGAACCUCACCAAGGGACAUACAGACACAAAACUCCUGGAGCUGAAGGUCGACAGAGGUGUGAGCUGGUCAUCAGCAUUGACCAGACUAGAGACCCACAAAGGACCUCGGGAUGGAUUCUAUGUCUCCAAGCGGGAUAUCUUUGGAAGGAAACUAUACAUACUGGCCACACAGAAAGAUAACUCUAACCACCUAUUCAAAUACACCAGACCUAACACAGGGCUCUCACAGGUUGACGAAGAACAAACUGAUCUCAACCAUCGCUACACACCUGUUGAGCCUUCCAAAGCAGAGACGGCCUGGACGGAGAUGUAUGAACAGACCCUGGAUCGAUGUAUGCAUGGCAAGACUUGUAAGAACGGAAGCCGCUGUAAAGUUGGAAUACGGUGUAACAACAUCCACCUAGUGUGUGGCAGUAUUGUCUCCCUUAUGUCUGUACUUGAAGCCACGCUGAACCGGUUUGCUGCCAAACUUCACCUCAGUAAGUCUGAGUCGUCGGUGCGUGUGGUUCGGGCACAGUUAGACAGUGGUGAGAGGGUGGUUGGAGUUCGCUACCCACUCAUCCUUCUGUCAGAGGUGAAGAAAGUCCUGAAAGAACAGCACAUGGUGGAGAAGGUACAGCUCUCUCAGUCUGUGUUGAAGAGAAAUCCUGAUGGUAGUAUUGCUGCAGGUGGAAGUGGAGCUUCGAAUGGUUGUGAAGAUGACGAUGGGAAGCAGGAAGUGGGUUUGUUGGUGAAUGAGGAAGUAACUCCCGUUAAUGCUAAGUCUCUUGCUCGUGCUUUGAGACCACCUGUCACUCUUAAAAAUUUCUUCAAAUCUGCUGGGCAGAAGAAGUCCGAGAAUAUCUGUGAGAAUAUUUCGAUAUGUGAGUCAGGUCCUCCAUCACAGGCUGUCAUAGACCCUGACUUGUGUGAAAAAGACAAUGAUAAGGACUCCAAUUUGUCUCCAUGGGAUGAUGACACAAAAUCAGACAAAAAGGGCAAAGUUAACAAUUCAGCAGAAAGUGACAAUAACCAGGUUAAAUCUGAGUCAAAGUCGGAUCCAGAAAGGUCAGGUUCUAAUGCAAGUGACCUAGAAAGCUCAGUUACAAAGGGAAGUAACUCUAAAGAGACAGGUUCUGAUGGUGGGACUAUCACAAAAGCAGAACUUAAAGAAAAAAAACAUAGAACUCAAGCUUCCAAUAGUACUAAAUCUCCAAAACCAGAUUCAAACUCGGGGAAACAAAAUCUGUCGAAGAAACGUAGUGCAGAGAGCAGCACGUCUUCCAGAGAAGCUAAACGACCUCGGCAGUCAAACAUCAUGUCAAUGUUUGCCAAGGCUACUGCCAAGAAGGAAGCUAAACCGAACAUGAGCUGUCCAAUAUGUGGGAAGGAGUUUGAUAGUAAAGUAAAAAAUGAUGAAAUCAACCAACAUGUAGAUAACUGUCUCAUAGAAUGAUGUAGCAAUAACUUAGAUCUGUUAGUAUAACUGGGCUAAUGGGGGCUAGGGUUACAGGGUGGGCUAAUGGGGGCUAGGGUUACA